UGCAGUUGGCUGUAGGCAGCGGAGAGGAGAACGUGAAUAACGACGUCCCUUUUUUGAAAAGAAAAAAAGGAUUGAUUGGGGGGGGGGUGUAGAACGCCAGCUCGUUUCUCGGGAUCUUCUGCGGUUCAAGCAAAUUUGAAUCAGGUUCGGUCGGGAGCAGUCCACUUGUAACGGCUUAGCAGAUCAAAGAGCGAGUCAUUCUCUGAGUUAUGAAUUAAUCUGGUCGCUGGCAUAGAAUGCAGAGAAUGGGUGCAGGAACGAACGAGCUACAGUUCGUAAAGUCGGGAAAAGAUACGGCGUAAAGAAAACGUGAUGGAAUCGAAUACAACCAAUGUGUGAUGUUAUAGAUGGUUACGUUCAUGAUAUUGAGUUAGUUACAUUUAAGGAUAUGUUGUAGCUAGUACUGCUUGCUUCUUUUAGUCUGUGUUGCUUUAAAACAACUACGAUCGUCAUUGGCAUUGCUUGACCCGGAUUUUUGUGCGUGCUAGCUAGCUAUCUAAUUGAUACCGUUCACGAGGGCACCUGUGUGGUCAGUCCAGACACUAACGUUACAGAAGCUCCCUCACACGCAGCGAACUCAGCAGUUUCCCUCCCUUGCUACCACUCCAGUGACAGAGCUGUGGUUCAGGCCGGCUCGGGAGUGGGAUAGGGGCGGACAAGCGGAGGAUGGGACAGCGAAUGGAACCGGAGAAGCGGGACACGGGAAGGUACCGACACAACACAGGGUCGUGAUGCCGGGCAUGGUGGUGUUUCGCCGGCGCUGGUCUGUUGGCAGUGAUGACCUGGUGCUGCCUGCUCUCUUCCUUUUCCUCCUGCACUGCGCAUGGCUGGUGGUGCUGUCUGUAGUGCUGUUUGGCCUGCCGUACGGCUCUGGUCAGUCCUGCUCUGUAACACUGGUGGACCAUGGGCGGGGAUACCUGGGCAUCCUGGUGAGCUGUCUGAUCUGCGAGAGCGCCAUCAUGUGGCUAAGCAUGAGGGGCAGCAUCCUAUACACCCAGCCCCGGGAUGCGGUGCAGUAUGUCCUCUACAUACGCCUAGCCAUUCUGCUGGUGGAGCUGGUGUAUGCAGUGGUGGGAAUCGCCUGGCUGGUGCAGUAUUACCAGCCCUGCUCUGAUGUCACGGCUAAGAAUGUCACACUGGGUAUUGUGGUGUGCAACUGGCUGGUGAUCUUCAGUGUCUGCUUCACCCUCAUGUGCACCUUUGAUCCCACGGGGCGCACCUUUGUCAAACUGAAGGCCACACGUCGACGCCAGCGCAAUCUUACCACCUACACACUCAGACACAGGUUAGAGGAGGGCCAGGCUAGCAGCUGGACAAGGAGACUCAAGUUCUUCAUGUGCUGUACAAGAGCACAGGAUUCCCAGUCUGACGCAUAUGCUGAGGUUGCCAGCCUGUUUGCUGAGUUCUUCAGAGACCUGGACAUUGUUCCCAGUGACAUCAUUGCCGGCCUUGUUCUGCUGAGACAGAGACAAAGAGCCAAGAGGUCUGCCAUUCUGGACCAGGCAAACAAUGACAUUAUAGCCUUCUUGUCUGGAAUGCCUGUAACUCGCAACACCAAGUACCUGGAUCUGAAGAACUCUGCUGAGAUGGCAAUGUAUAAGGAGGUGUGCUACUACAUGCUGUUUGCCCUGGCAGCUUACGGCUGGCCCAUGUACCUGAUGAGGAAGCCUGCUUGUGGUCUGUGUCGCCUGGCCAGCUCUUGUCCCUGCGUGUCAGUGUCAGGGUCUCGACUGGCACAAUCGGUGACAGUGGAGGAGGAUAACUGCUGUGGAUGCAAUGUGCUGGCCAUUCGCAGACACUUCCUGGACCAGGACCUGAAGCAGGUCCACAUCGUCUACACGUCCUGUCACGAUGCUGUUUAUGAGACUCCUUUCUUUGUGGCUGUGGAUCAUGAUAAGAAGAAGGUUGUCAUCAGUAUCCGAGGAACUCUGUCUCCAAAAGAUGCACUGACGGAUCUAACAGGAGACUCUGAGCGUUUACCUGUAGAGGAUCAGCAUGGCACAUGGUUGGGCCACAAGGGCAUGGUUUUCUCUGCAGAAUACAUAAAGAAGAAAUUGGAGCAGGAGAUGAUUUUAUCACAGGCUUUUGGGAGAGACUUGGGGAAGGGGACAAAGCACUAUGGCCUGGUGAUCGUGGGCCACUCUCUGGGUGCAGGCACGGCUGCCAUCCUCUCUUUCCUGCUCCGCCCCCAGUAUCCCACACUGCACUGCUACUCCUACUCUCCUCCUGGGGGCCUGCUCAGUGAGGACGCGAUGGAGGUCUCAAAAGAGUUUGUCACCUCAGUGGUAUUAGGAAAAGAUCUCGUCCCCAGGAUUGGUCUCUCACAGCUUGAAGGCUUCCGGCGCCACCUAUUGGAGGUUUUACAGAAAAGCAACAAGCCAAAGUGGCGGAUUAUCGCGGGGGGAACAAAGUGUAUCCCUAAAUCGGAGCUGCCUGUGGAUGAGGACCCUCAAGUGCAGACAGCAGUGCCCCCCAAUACACGACUCUGGCUGCACCCCAGUGACCUGAGCAUCGCCCUUUCUGCCUCCACCCCCCUUUACCCCCCUGGGAGAAUCAUUCAUGUGGUGCACAACCAUCCCCCUGAAAGAUGCUGUGGGCAGGAGGAUCCCACAUACUCUGCCCUUUGGGGUGACAACAAAGCCUUUGAUGAGGUCAUCAUCUCCCCUGCCAUGCUGAAUGAACACCUGCCCCACAUGGUGAUGGAGGGGCUCAACAAGGUUCUUGAGAACUACAACAAGGGGAAGACUGCACUGCUGUCAGCAGCAAAGAUCAUGGUCAGCCCAACAGAAGUGGACCUGAACCCAGACACCAUCCUUCUGGGCCCUCCUUCAUCUCAGCAGCCUACCCCUACAACUCAGCACCGCAGGAACAGCAGUGUCCGAUCCUGUGCCCGUUCCGAGAUCUCCUUGGAUGGUUUCUCUGAGUGCCCCCCUCCUCCAGUGCCAGUGGUUCUGCAAGGUGCACGGGAGCGCCUGUCGGUGGAACUGCGGGACCGGCGUGCUCCCCUGGCAGUGAUGGAGAGCCUUUCUGAUGCAGAGUCCCUCUACAGCCUGGACUCCCGCCGUUCCUCUGCCGUGUUGAGGGGCUCCCCAAACCUGGGGGGCCUGCCCUUCCCCAUGAAUGCACCUAUCCCUGAGGAGAACCCCUCCCUCAGCUCACGCACUGAGCUGCUGGCUGCAGAGUGUCUGUGCCAGGACCUUGGUGAGCAGGGACCCUAUUCAACCCCACCAGGGCCUAGCACCACCUCCAACUACCCCCAGCACUUGUCCCCCAUGGCCCCCUGUUACAGCAGCCCCUCCCCUACUCUGGCUCAGACUAGCAUUGGUCAGGCUCUUCACAACGUGGAGCCUUACCCUUACUCUUGUUCCCCCUCUGAGCCAAUUGGCAGGAAGGACUACCCCCAUUCCCCCAGCAUGCCUAGUCUGUACUGCUCUCCUGCAGUGCCCAUUGAUGCCAGGGACAGCCCCCGCCCCCAACAUGAGAAGGAGGAGGAGGAAGAAGACAAAGAACAUGGCUCUGAGGAAAAGGAGAAAGCAAGUGACAUGCAGCAUGAUACAAAAAUGGAGGCAACAUCUCCUGUUUGUCUGGCUCCCCUGCACAAUGGUGCCCCUAGCCAGGUGGUGCUGGAGUUCUCCCAGUUCCUGGACUCUCUCUUCAAGCUGGAUGGCAGUGACUCCCCCCUACUGGAGCUUUCUGAUGUGGAGUCAGAGUCUGGUCGUGGAUCCUACGACCAGGAGGAGGGGCCGGGGUCGCAACACCAUGCUGAGGAUCAGCAGUUUCUAGCUCGAGCCACCCUGGAGCCCAACCUGGUCCCCAAACCUCCUCGCACCUUUGCCGGCUCUACUGAUCCCUCCUCUGGCAUCUCCCUCUCACCCUCCUUUCCUCUCUCCUCCUCAGGGGAGUUAAACGACCUUUCACCCCCAGAUGGGGUGGUACCUGCCAUGCUCCCGCUACGAACUACUGUCAGCUCUCCAUAUCCUGGGGAGCAUGUCCUGUCAUCUGCUGUCUAGCUGAGUAGUUAGUUGACCCCCCAUCAUUCCACAUUGUUCCAUAUCUGUCCCUCUUAUGUCAGGGCACUGAAUGGACACCUAUGAAACAGAACACUAUAUGUGUGAAUGAAGAAAGGUAAUCAGAGAUGCAGGUACCCAUCAGGCCUGUAUCACCCACUCAAACUAUCCUUUUUGUUUGUUCAUUUUAUAGUGAUAAAUAGUAUCCCAAGUCAGGCAUUGUUAGUUUUGUCUUUAUUAUCUCUGUAUAGUUACACCUACAGCCUCUGUGCAUUACAUUACAUUAAGUUACAGUAUGUUACAUUGCAUUACUUUUGUAUGCUAUUUCCCAUUCUGAUUCUGUCUUGGAAUCAGCAACUGGGCUUUAGGCUUGUCUCAUCACGACAACCUCUGCAUUUGUGCAGGGGCGCUGAAGCGAGACAAAUGCAAUACUCCCUUAAACUAGCUUGCAGCCAGUGGCAUGUUCUCACACUACAAGUCACACAGCACACUACAAUAGAGUGGGCACUCAUUGGAGGGUAAGCACCACUCCAGUUAUGUUAUCUGCCAGGUGCAUGCUGAAUUACAGGGUGCCUGAGAGUGGUGAGACAAGGAAAUCCUGGCCGACCUAUCAGCCCUUAUUCCCACUGGAAGGAAGCAUCAGAUUACUUUACAGUACAAUUUGUACUUUGCAGUUUACCAUUUUCAGUUCCACACAUUUUGUAAGGGCAGGUUUUGGCUGGCAAACCUGUCUGAGAAUUACAGAAUAGUUAUUCCUCUUACACUGACACAGAAUACCACAUUUCAAUGACUACAGCCAUGUGAUUUCUUCAAUUUUCCAAGAUUUCAAGGGAUUCAAAAGUUAUCUUGCCCUGAGAGGCAGAUGUGCUAAUUUCAUAUUAGAGGAGGUGGUUCCUAGAUUCAUACGUUGCAGAUACUCACCCCCAAAGGCCUGAAUGAUUUAUUACUUUAAAAUGUUACGUUAAGUAUCAGUCUUUUUUGCUCUUGUAAUAUAAUAUAUUUUUUAUAAUAGUUAGAAAACACAUCAUUUGUUAUCUUUUGGAAAUUGCAUUUAGAAGAAUUACAGUCUAUAGGAGCUGCUUUUGCCAUUGACAUUGACACCUGCAAACCCAACCUCCCAACAUGUGCAAAAGAUCUAACAUACCUGUGUACAAGUCUAGGCCAUUUACAGCACACUGCUGAGUUUUUAGGAAAAGCUUUACUAGCCACAUACUUAUUUCAUUCCUACUCUCACCAUAAUGAUGGCCUCAUGAAAACCACUACAGAAAUACUAAUACAGAGGAGCUGGACAAUCACAUCCACAGAGCACUGAGAAAGGCACUGUGGGAAAAGUGAUGAAAUGCUGUUUUUCUUCAUCCUUGAUGUCACUCAUUAUGAUGAUAUUCAUUGACUGUACAAACUCAAAAGGUUUAAGAAUAAUUAUCCUGAUUGAUGUAUGCUUAUAGUACAUUUCCCAGUUACAGAAAUGGCAUUACAUUUCAGUUUCAAGUUGGUAAACAAGGAAGACUGAGGGAGAGUCCUAAUAGAGCUGAAGGUAUGAUGGAGAGCUAUGACCCAUAAUUCCUCAAGUAUAUAAGGACACUAUUGAGUGGGCCCAAAGAGAGUGGGAACCUGGUCAGAAACCAAGAACUUGACAAAGUGACAAAGUGCUUUGUUAAGAUCUCAUGAUUUAAGAAUUAACUUGUGUGUUCUGUGUUCACUGGACAAUAUCUGGAAUGACUGUUUGCCUGUUUUUGUGUUUUGUCAGUGUUAUGCUUUCUUCUGAGUGAAAGUAAAAGAAAGAUUGCUUUCAUUGCCAGAAAUGUACAUAACCCUCUGCCAAAACACACAUCUGCUAACCCCCCC